GCUCCGAUUCCUUCUCCACCGUCACUGAAGCGGUAUUCACGAAAUAGGACAGUCCGGGGACUCACACUGUCAUACAGGGCCUACUUCCGUCAGCUAUAUCGCUCUGUAAUUUGUUUAAAACAGUCCUAUUCUUUUCAACCGAGACGUUUGAGAAGUGCGUUUUUUCAUUUUUCAACACGGCCCCAGCACAGGGUGGACUGACGUGCCAUGAAUGAGCCGAUAGAAGGCAGUACAGUCUCGUUUGAUGAGUAUGUGCGGCAGAAGGCACGCUCUGUACCUCAGCACCGCAUGAAGGAGUUCCUGGAGUCUCUGGCCACCAAAGGCCCAGAGGUGCUGCAGGAAUUCAGCCAGCAGACCAGCAAUACCACCACAACCAUGGUCUACCAACAAGGUGGCAACUGCAUCUACACAGACAGCACAGAGGUGGCAGGCUCAUUACUGGAACUGGCCUGUCCGGUGCAGGUGACGUCUGCGCAAAUCUCACCACAACUGGCAGCAGCUGUGCACCAGGCAUCUGAGCAACAGAUUCAAGUUCAGGUGCAGAUCCAGGGGGAACAAGGGCAGACAGUGGGUCAGGUACUCCAAGUGUCAUCCCCAUCACAUCAGCAGCAGCUCCAGGGAGUGACCACUGCAACACAGUUAGUCCAGCAAGGAGAGCUCACUGAGGAACAGCACCAGCAGAUCCAGGCCCAGUUGGUGGCUGCUGUAGCAGGAGGACAGCAGAUUCAGAUACAGACAGUGGAGGCUCUCUCUCCUCCCCAGCAGCAAGGCUCCCCAAGAGAGGCAGAGAGGAGGCCAGGAGCUUCUCCUGCUGUUCUGCAGCCUGCCAAAAAGCGCAAGGUGGAUGUACCUAUCGCUGUGUCCUACUCUCUGCCUCAAGGCCAACAGCUGGCUACCGUGUUGGCCAUCCCUCAGGGCCAGCAGCAGGGCUAUCUGUCCCUUAGACCUGACCUGCUCACCGUGGACAGCACCCAUCUCUACAGUGCCACAGGCACCAUCACAGGACCUGCCGGCGAGACCUGGACCAUCCCUGUUUACUCCGCCCCUCAGCAACAGGGCGUGGCCCACAUCGCCAUCCCUCAGGAAGCCUACAGCACCGUGCAGGUUCAGGCUUCUCCCGCCACCCACGACAAAGACAAAGACAAGAUGGGCACUGGUUCCUCCCCGCCCGCAGGAGCAGUGGCGGUCCCUGUAUCCGCAGCCACGGCAGGGGUGGGCACUCAGGAGGAGGUAGUGCAGACGCUUUUCCCCGCGCAGUUCAUGAAUGGGAACAUUCACAUCCCCGUGGCAGUGCAGACAGUGGGAGGAACGUACUCCGGAACCACUCAAGCUCUGCAUAUCUGGGACCCUCAGCAACAGCAGCAUGGGCAGGAGGGUGACGGACAGGAGCAACAGCUCCACCUACAGGUCAGCCAUGAGAUGGCUCAGGCUGAGGGAGAGGGUCAGGCGGAGCCGGCUGCAGAGCUGCUGCUCCCCACUUCUCUAAAACCAGAGGAAGGGCUGGAGGUGUGGCGGCUCUGGGCACAACGCAAAAAUGCAGAGAUGGACAAAAACGAACAGAAAACACUAGCACCCAUCGGACGUCGACAGCCCCUGCGUUUCCAGGAGGACUUGGUGUCGAGUUCUGUGGCUGAGCUUAACGUCGCUCUGGCCCUCAUGACCCAAGAGGCCCGUGGGCUUGAAGGGGAACAGUUUGAGCCCGACGCUCUCUACUACAUCUUCCUCUGUAUACAAAAAUACAUGUUUGAAAACGGGAGGGUGGAUGAUAUUUUUUCGGACCCUUACUAUGAGCGCUUCUCCCAGUGGCUACACAGAGUGCUAGAGGAGUGGAGGCCAACUGUACACCCUCUUGGUUACAUCAUACCCAGUCAUGUGACAGAGGAGAUGCUGUGGGAGUGUAAACAGCUGGGUGCCCAUUCCCCGUCUACUCUUCUUACCACGCUGAUGUUCUUCAAUACAAAGUAUUUCCACCUCACCACAGUGGAGCAACACAUGAAAGUGGCAUUCUCUAAGGUCCUCAGACACACCAAGAAAAACCCAUCAAAUCCCAAGGACAAGAGCACCAGCAUCCGAUACCUGAAGGGUGUUGGGCCACACCACAUUGGACAGAAAGUAACAGAUGACAUGUAUGCAGAACAGGCUGAGGACCCUGAGAAUCCAUUGCGCUGUCCCAUCAAACUCUAUGACUUUUACCUCUUUAAAUGCCCACAGACAGCCAAGGGACGUAACGACACGUACUACCUGACGCCAGAGCCUGUGGUUGCACCAAACAGUCCCAUAUGGUACUCCACACAGCCAAUUUCAACCCAGCAGCUGGAGCACAUGCUUACGCGUAUCCUCAUGGUUCGGGAAAUACAGGAAGCCAUCGCCGUUGCACAGGGAAACGUAAACUGAUGGGAGGCGGUUCGCUGUGCACGGGGACACUCUGUCAGUCGUUUUCAUGUUCAUCGUGUCUUGCUUACAAACUCCAAGGAAAGAAAAUCAAGUGGCCUCUACUCUCUCCUCAUACUCAUUUAUGAUAUGGGGGGAGAGACUUGCAGUGU